UGGAAAUAUUAUUGACACACCAUCAAGGAAAAAGUUCGUGGAGGAAUAACGCGGAGGAAUAAGAGCCGAGGUGAACGUGCCGCGUAGUUUAUAGUUUCACUUUUACGCUUUCGUUUAUUGAGUGUUUGCGGCGACUUUGACGUUUAACCCAAAGAAGUAAAGCGGCAGAAACAGCAGCUGAUAUGUUCCCGUGACAGGACCCGGCCAUUCGAGAAGAUGCUAUAGAAUAUCCCCCUGCAUCAAAUCAUUCAUUCACAGCAUAUACAGUAUAUUCCCCUGACAUGACCUCCUCCCCUGCCCUGGAUGCUAACCCGUUACCCCUCCUUCAGCUUGAGGAGGUGGACUCCAGUAAAGCCACAGAGAGGAUGAGCUCCCCAGGACUUCUGCCUGCUAUGUACAGCCCUCCUGUGGGCAUGGACAGCCACACCGUCUGCAUUCCCUCUCCAUACACAGACAGUAACCAUGAGUAUAACCACGGGCACGGACCUUUGACCUUCUACAGCCCCUCCAUGCUGAGCUACACCAGGUCACCCAUCACUGACAGUCCAUCAUCUCUGUGUCCUCCCCUCAGCCCCUCAGCCUUUUGGCCUUCUCACACUCACCACAAUGUACCUUCACUUACUCUGCACUGCACUCAGCCUCUAGUUUAUAAUGAAGACAGCCCACAUGCACCCUGGUUGGAUCCCAAAGUUCACAGUAUCAGCCCCAGCAGCUCCAUCAUCAGCUGUAACAAGCUGCUGGGAAAGAAAUCUGAAGAAGGAGCGGAAGGAGUGAAAUCCUCAUCCUGCUCAUCUGCUCUAGGGAAAGCCGACAUGCACUUCUGCGCCGUGUGCCACGACUACGCCUCCGGCUAUCACUACGGUGUGUGGUCCUGCGAGGGCUGCAAGGCUUUUUUCAAGAGAAGCAUCCAAGGACACAAUGAUUACAUUUGCCCUGCCACAAAUCAGUGCACUAUUGACAAGAACAGACGUAAAAGCUGCCAAGCCUGCCGGCUACGUAAAUGCUAUGAAGUGGGCAUGAUGAAGUGCGGGGUGAGGCGUGAACGUUGUGGCUUUCGUGGUGCCCGACACCGUCGCGGUGGACCCCAGCCUCGGGAUACGACAGGUCAGAGUUUGGUAAGGGUUGGACUGGGUCCUCGGGGUCAACGGCAUCUUCACCUGGGGACACCUGGGGACACCUCUGUCCACACUCACACAAAUCACACGCACUACUCAACCAUGAGCCCAGAGGAGUUCAUUUCCCGAAUCAUGGAGGCAGAGCCGCCAGAGAUCUACCUCAUGGGGGACCUGAAAAAGCCGUUCACUGAGACCAGCAUGAUGAUGACCCUCACCAACCUGGCAGACAAGGAACUGGUUCUCAUGAUCAGCUGGGCCAAGAAGAUCCCUGGCUUUGUAGAGUUGAGUCUAACAGACCAAAUCCACCUUUUAUCUUGGUUCUCGUUGCUGCCUCUUUCCCCUUUCUUAUCUUUUUGUUCACUCCAUCUUGUUUUUCUUCACUUCUUCUCUUUCUGUCUGUUUAGGGAGGAGGGACAGUGUGUGGAGGGCAUCAUGGAGAUUUUCGACAUGCUGCUGGCAGCCACCUCUCGGUUCCGCGAGCUGAAGCUGCAGAGAGAGGAGUACGUCUGCCUGAAGGCCAUGAUCCUCCUCAACUCCAGUCUGUGCACGAGCUCCCCGCAGACUCCAGAAGAGCUGGAAAGCAGAAACAAACUGCUGCGUCUCCUGGAUUCUGUGAUCGAUGCGCUGGUCUGGGCCAUCUCCAAACUGGGCCUGUCCACCCAGCAGCAGACUCUGCGCCUUAGCCAUCUCACCAUGCUGCUCUCCCACAUCCGGCACGUCAGUAACAAAGGCAUCGACCACCUGUCCUCUAUGAAGAGGAAGAAUGUGGUGCUGGUGUACGACCUCCUCCUGGAGAUGCUGGAUGCCAACACAGCCAGCAGCAGCAGUCAAACAUCAUCAUCCUCGCCUGGCUCUGACACUUACUCUGAACAGCAACAGUUCCCCCCACCACCGUCUGACCUGCAGCCAGGCCCGGACCAGAUGGCUACAGCUGCUGACAAUACCACUGUGCCUCCAGCGGAAGUCCCGGUCCUGGACGGACAUCUGCACACCCUUCAGCCUACAUCUCCAUCACAGAAUUUAGCGGGGUCUCACUUGGACAGCAACAAUUACAUUUCUGCGGAGGACCUGUCACUGGAUAAUGGGGAUGCAAGUCCAGGUCCAUCGGUGGAGCCAACAACCUACGUCAUCCCUGAUAGAGUUGUCACGGAAACAGCUUGAGAGUGACAGAACUGACUGAGGCUAAACCUUAGUGGAUAUUCAUCACCCAAAGAUUGGAAAAAAAACCAUUAAAAAAAACAAAACAGAAAGCGCUGUUGUGAGGUAAAGUUUCUCUUGUCGAGAUUUUUGCAGUCUUUAAAAAGAAUUUUGAUCGAAUGUAUAUUUUGCGUGCGUAAAUAUUUCUUGUGAAUGUGCACUACCAUCGCUGUUCAUAAGGACAUCACUGGCUGGCUGCCCGGCAGCCUGUGUGCGUUUUUUUUUUGAUAAACAGUAUUAUUAUUGCUUAUUUGUAUCUCUUUUUAUCACCGUGAUGUAAGAUCCAGAACAAGCCAUCUACAAACCGUCUCCACUCACUCAUAAGGGCGCACUUGGCCAACAAGUCAACGUUCAUUUCUGUAAGAUUUGUUAGUUGUACAAGGACGUAAAAGGACGCUGUUCUCUGUCACCCUAUUGUGUUUUUUCUGCUUUUAUUACUGUGCACUUUGGUGUUUUAAUCUGUGCCUGUUUACGCUGGAAUUUUCUACAGUCUUUGUACUUAUCUGUUUGUGGAUUAGAUCAGCAGUAUGUGGCCUUUUACCAAAAUGACUGUUAAACUUGUUCUGUUUCUCUGGUUAAACUAAUGCUGAAUUUAUACAGUAAACAGUGGCACAGACCCCUUCUGCAAAGGCUACCAGCAACAUUUGAAAAAAGGAAAAUUUCACAAUUUAGUCAUAGUACUACAUCUAAUCUGAUAUAAUGAGCUUUAGCAACUUUUUCUCAGACUGUUAGAUUUAGAAUCAAAACAGCCUGACUGCCUUAAACAAGCCAUACCUGAGCCAUAUGUUUGUACAAGCUAAAAUGCACAAAAUUAAAUUACUUUACAACAACAGAAACUUAGUUUUUUAUACUUGAUUUCAGCACUUGAACUUUAUCACACUUGAAGCUACUGAUCUUGGCUUUACUAAUAUGCUAAUGGUAACACUGGUCACUGUGACAUCACCCGAUGGUUGGUGAGCCCCCAUGAUGAAGCCUUGAGUGAAGAGUUGUCAUUGUUGUCUGUUACAAAGAAAUUUGGAGAUAAGAAAAGUCUAACUCGUUUUAACUAUGAAAAUGACAUAAAUAUCUUAGAUAAUCCUCCUUUUUAAAAAUGCCCAGAAUUGAGAAAAUUUACUACUUUUUUCAUUAUUAAUCUUAAACUACUGCCUGAGCCCAUAGUGUUUAUUUAAGUCACAGAGUAAGCAGUUCUUGACAGAUGUAAAGUCGUUGUGUAGCCAGGCAGAUUGCCCCCUGCUGGUCAUUAAAAAUAAUGUAGAUGUGUAAGGUACAUGGGUGUUUGCUCCUCCUGUCAGAACCUGGGAGCUUUUCCUUCCCACUGUUGCCAACUGCUUGCCCAUAGGGAGUCUUUGUAUUGUUGUAGGUUGUAGGGUCUUUACAGUAUAAAGCACCUUGAGGGAAUGGUUGUUGUCAUUUGGCACUAUAUAAAUAAAGCUGAAUUAAAUGACUUAGCACUGUAUGUCAGCAGUGUAACAGUAAGACACCAAAAAAGAGAAAAUGUGUUUGUUACACGUUGCAGAUUUAUCCAUGUUCUUAGCUGUAACUUCUCACGUAGACACAUUGAGCUUUGGCAUCAGUCCAGAAUCGCUCUCUGUUUUCAAGGUUGAGAAACUGUUGGCUGUUGGUAUUUUCCUUAAGGGCUCAUUUGUGUGUCUUCUUUGCUUUAUGAGCUCAUUAACCACAUAAGUUGAGAGAACAGCCUGUUACUUGGAACAUCAAAACUGUAAACAGCUUGUUUUCCGUCACACAAAGCAAACUAAAAGGAAAUAAAUGUACCAUUAAUGUACUUUUUGGACAUUCCCAAGUCAUAAAAUGUGCCACUUGUGUGCCAGUGUAAAUUUAACCUUAGUGCCAGAUUAUUUAACCACUGUUAAUAGACCAAUAUAUGUUCACUCUGCUUUAUUUCCUGAUGUUUGUGGAUUGUGCACACAUGAACACACACCCAAAUCUGAUGCUGAAGCUGUUUCUGUUGGCAGUCUGUGCACGCCGCAACCAUUCAUGUCAGAUCUUGUGGAUUUUUUUCGCCUGUCUUUUCUGUGAACUCACAACCAGCAGCAGCAGCAGCACAUCGUGGCAAACAUGGUUUAUUGUCAGUUCGAAAUUACAAACAGUACAUCCCAUAAAUAAGAGAUCACAAAAUAAAUCAAACUUUACACAC